AUGCAUGAUUACGAUUCAGAUGAGGCAAUGAUACUAGUUAAAGCGCGAGAUGGAGAAAAUACUCUAAGAACAGAAGAUAUUAUAGCAAAAAUCAACGAAUUUGGCGAUGCUAUUGCUAUGAUUUUAUUACCUGGCGUACAAUCUUUCACUGGCCAGUUGUUUAACAUCAAAGAAAUUACUAAGGCAGCGCAUGACAAGGGAUGCUAUGUAGGUUGGGAUUUAUGCCAUGCAGCUGGUGGUGUUGAAUUAAAAUUACAUGAAUGGGAUGUUGAUUUCGCAGUUUGGUGUACAUAUAAGCUUCUUAACACCGGUCCAGGAUCGAUCGGAGCAUGCUUUGUCCAUGAAAAAUAUGCAUAUCGAAAAGACUUUAAAAGGCUUGACGGCUGGUUCGGUCAUCGUUUAGAAACUAGACUUAAUAUGACAAAUGUUAUGGAGCACGCUCCUGGUGCCUCAGGCUUUCAGCUAGCUACUACUCCUGUUGCGGAUGUCGUUAGGCUCAUUAGUAGUUUAGAUAUCUAUUCUAGAGUAUCUUUACCAAAGCUAUUUGAAAAAGCUCGUAAAGGUGUAGUAUAUAUGGAAGCGCUUUAUCGGCACUACUUUAUGAAUAAUGAUACAUCGGCUGAUUGUAAGAAAGUAGAAAGUGUUGCGGAGAUUAUUUCACCUAGUGAUCCUUGUGAGAGGGGCACUCUCUUUGCAUUCAGAUUUCCGGGUCGUGUUGAUUUCGUUUGUGACGGACUAGCUAAAAACGGAAUUGCAGUAACUGUCCUAAAGAGCGAAAUUAUUAGAGCUGGUUUUGCUCCACUAUAUAAUUCAUUCCAGGAUGUACACACCUUCAUAACUACUUUGCAUAAUCUUUUUACUCAAGAAGAGAAUCGUAAAUAA